AUGCCACAACCUGUUCGCUUGGAGAUGGAAUGGUGGUAUCAAUCUAUAAGGAGGUCAAUGUCCAUACACCUAAACACGGAAACACAUCUGUUAACGACAGAUGCAUCAGACAUAGGGUGGGCAGCCCAACUCAACGAUUCGGACGUUGUGGGUUCCUGGACGGAACGGCAGAAGUCUUGGCAUGCCAAUCAAAAAGAGAUGUUUGCUGUUUACGCUGCUGUACUCCAGAACCGAUGUCAACUUCAGAACGCGCAUGUGCCUUUGCAAACAGACAAUUGGACAGUAGUCUCAUAUAUAAACAAGGAGGGCGGAACAAAAUCGAAAAGGCUGCUAGUUCAAACUCGCCAACUCUUUACAAUCUUGGACGACCAGAACAUUCACUUGACGGCGCACUAUUUUCCGGGCCGGUUCAAUGCCGAAGUGGACGCUCUUUCUCGAAAACGAGAGUGUCCGGAAUGGCAUCUGAAGGAGACGGCAACAUCAAAAAUAUUUCAAAUGUGGGGCACUCCGGAGAUAGACUUGUUUGCAUCAAAGACAGCUCACGUUGUACCAAUAUUUGCGUCAUUAGACAAGAACGAUCAAGAAGCGAUACACCACAACUCCUUUUGUCAUCAGUGGCACUACAGCCUAGCGUGA